AUGCGCGGUCCGGGUCUCUGGAGCGGCCCGGAUGGCGGUCGCAGGGGCAGGGGCUGGGGCCGGCGCGGGCGGCAGGCGCGGCCACCACUGACGGGUAGUCAGGCACCCCGAGCAGAUCGUGCACUGCUGCAGGGCGCCCCGGACGCGGUGGAGCUGCGCCAGCUGACGCCCUGGGCCGGCAGGCCCCCGCGUCCGCGCCGUCGGGCGGGGCCCCGGCGGAGACGCGCGCGCGCGCGAUCGGGGACGCGGCCGUGCGGGCUGCGCGAGCUCGAAGUGCGCGUGAGCGAGCUGGGCUUGGGCUACGCGUCCGACGAGACGGUGCUCUUCCGCUACUGCGCAGGCGCCUGCGAGGCGGCUGCGCGCGUCUACGACCUGGGGCUGCGGCGGCUUCGGCAGCGGCGGCGCGUUCGGCGGGAGCGGGUGCGCGCGCAGCCCUGCUGCCGCCCGACGGCCUACGAGGACGAGGUGUCCUUCCUGGACGCGCACAGCCGCUACCACACGGUCCAAGAGCUGUCGGCGCGCGAGUGUGCCUGCGUCUGACCCUACCUCACCAGGCGCGGCGAGACGGAGGCCGCGCCCCCCGCGCGACGGCGCCCAUCCCCCGCCUGGCCAGGCCCGCGGCGCCGGACUGCGCGUGCGGGCGCAGGAGGUGCCGCGGAGGCCUCGGGACUGUCCAGUAACUGCACCGAGAUAAAG